AUGGGUCAAAUAGACCCUGGCAGCCGUGCUCCACUGCUCAUCUCUGAAUGGAAAGCAGCUCAGAUAUCUGGUGAUGGCCUACAGAGGCUCUGUUCCCUUGUGGAAGCAGAGCGGUCUGCCAACUCUCACACACAUGCGUGGAUCUCCCUCGCGGAAAGCCGCCAGAUCGAAGAGCAGUGGACGAAACUCCAGCAAUUAGGCCCCGAGGCAUCUUCUCUGCCACUAUUUGGCGUGCCUUUUGCAAUCAAGGACAAUAUUGAUGCGGAAGGUUUUGCUACCACUGCCGCAUGCCCAUCUUUUGCUUCAGGAAAGGCGGCCUCAGACGCAGCUGUUGUUCGGAAUUUCAAAUCCGCAGGCGCCAUUCUCAUCGGAAAGACAAACUUGGACCAGUUCGCUACCGGAUUGGUUGGAACACGCUCACCCUACGGCGCAGUUCCCAACUCAUUUGAUCCGACCCGUGUAAGCGGCGGAUCCAGCUCCGGAAGUGCAGUCGUGGUAGCACGCGGCAUCGUUCCCUUCUCCCUCGGAACUGACACGGCUGGCUCUGGUCGAGUGCCCGCGGGAUUCAAUAAUAUUGUAGGGUUGAAGCCAACCCGGGGAGCCUUGAGCACUACAGGUGUAGUCCCCGCCUGCAAAACACUAGACUGUGUAUCCAUCUUCGCCCUUACCGUGGAGGACGCCCAGCUCGUCUUGUCAGUGGUGGAAGGUUACGAUCCAGAGGACUCGUAUUCCCGCAAACGCCCAGAUCGAUUUCAUGAACAGGGGGACAAUGUCUUCGGCCACGCCGGGUCAGUCUCAAGUCCUCGAUUGGCUAUAUGUUCCAAUCCGAACUGGUUCGGUUGCGAUGACCAGUAUCCUGCCUAUGACAAGGCCUUGGAAAAGGCCGCGUCUCUUGUCUGCUGUUCCAACUUGCCCAGCUACUGUACUCUGGCACCUGGGUUGCACGAGGCUGUUCGAUCCUUCAUUCAAACCGUUGGCCCACAGGCCUUGGACCCCGUCGUUCGUGGCAUAAUCAAAGGUGCUGAGAAGUUCACGGCAGCUGACGCAUUUGCUGGAGAGUAUUUGAGACAGGAUCUUACCCGACAAAUUGAGUCGGCUUUUGCUAGGUUCGAUGGCAUCCUGGUCCCAACCACACCAACAUUCCCAACGCUGGAACAGCUCUCGUUAGACCCGGUAGAGGAGAACUCUAAGCUUGGGACGUACACCAACUUUGUCAAUUUCAUGGACUGGUCAGCAUUAUCGUUUCCUGCCGGUUUUAGACCAGAUGGGCUCCCAUUUGGCCUGACGCUUAUUGCCAACGCGUGGCAAGAGCCACAACUUCUAGAGUUGGCUCAACGGUGGUGCUCUGCGGAACCUCGAACUCUUGGAGCAACUGGAGAAUGCGUCACGGAAAGGCCUCUUCCAAACCCAGUGUCACGGGUUACCCACGAUACCAUCCCGAUCGCUGUUGUUGGUGCACACCUCACGGGCUUUCCCCUCAACAAAGAUCUUACCUCUCGAAACGCGACGUUUUCUAAGCAGACAUCAACGUCAUCCCGUUAUAGACUUUUCGCCCUCUCUUCCACGUCGGGAAUCAGCAAACCUGGGCUGAAGCGUAUCCCUGCUGAUCAGAAUGGCCAGGAAAUCGAAGUUGAGCUUUGGAACCUACCCAGCUCAGCUCUGGCCGGCUUCAUGCAGACCAUAUCCUCACCCCUCUCGAUUGGGAAAAUCGAGCUUCAGGACGGCUCUUGGGUCCAUGGAUUUGUAUGCGAGCCUAUUGGUCUGGAAUGUGCGACAGACAUCACAGACUUUGGAGGCUGGAGAUCGUACAGCAGAUAUCUCGAAGUCCCGAUCCAAAGUUCGGAGGCACCGUCCGAAAAGAAGGCCAUCUCAAAGGUCCUCAUAGCCAACAGAGGAGAAAUAGCCGUCCGCAUUAUCAAGACGCUCCACAAAAUGGGUCUCCAGGCAGUAGCCAUCUACUCCAGUUCGGACCGUGCGUCUCCCCAUGCCCGUACGGCUGAUGUUGCUCUGGAACUGAAAGGCCAGACUGUCUCGGAAACAUACCUCAAUAUAAAGCAAAUAAUCGAGUUGGCCAAGGCUUCUGAGGUCGACUCAGUCAUCCCCGGGUACGGUUUUCUCUCAGAAAAUGCCGACUUCGCAAGGGCUGUGCAGGAUGCCGGGAUGGUCUGGAUAGGUCCCACCCCGAACCAAAUGGAUGAUCUAGGACUUAAGCACAAGGCUCGGGAGAUCGCCCAGGCUGCAGAUGUACCCACUGUGCCUGGGAGCCAAGGGCUCCUGAACUCUCUGGAUGCCGCCCUUCGAGAAGCCCAGCGAGUUGGUUUCCCACUCAUGUUGAAAAGCACUGCUGGUGGCGGAGGUAUAGGUUUGAGCCACUGCGAAGACGAAGAGAGCCUCACAGCGGCCUUUGAGGCUGUGGUCAGGCAGGCCCAGGCGAACUUCGGAAACGGGGGGUUAUUUCUCGAGCGUUUCAUUACACAGGCAAGGCAUGUCGAAAUCCAGAUUCUCGGUGACGGCACUGGGCGAGCGAUAGCUCUUGGUGAACGGGACUGCUCUCUACAGCGCCGUCAUCAGAAGGUCGUUGAGGAGAGCCCGGCCGUAAUGGUCCCCCAAGACGUGAGAGACAAGAUGAAAGCUGCCGCUUUGCGCCUGGCAUCGUCGGUCAAGUAUUUGAACGUCGGCACGGUGGAGUUUGUUUACGAUAUAAAUUCAGCUGAAUUCUUCUUUCUCGAAGUAAAUACUCGAUUGCAAGUUGAGCACCCAGUCACAGAGCAGGUUACUGGGUUGGACCUUGUUGAGUGUAUGAUCAAGACAGCGGACGGCCGCUGGGACGAGUUGUUCCCCGAAUCUCAGCAGGACGUUGCUUUGACGGGUGCAUCAAUCGAAGUGCGUCUUUAUGCAGAAAGCCCACUUCAAAACUUCCGACCUGCCGCAGGUGAAAUUACGGAAUUGAUAUUUCCUGACAACUUGAGAGUCGAUACCUGGGUUGAACAAGGCACUACGGUAACCACCGCAUAUGACCCUAUGAUAGCCAAGGUCAUAUCCUAUGGGGCUGAUCGUAAAGAGGCUCUCGAAAAGCUACUCGAGGGACUGAAUAAUACAAAGAUUGAAGGAGUUCAGACAAAUCUUGAGUACUUGCGCCAAAUUCUGGCGUCGGAACUGUUUCAGUCCGGGAACUACAGCACUAAAUCGCUUGACACAUUUCGAUUCCUCUCAUCCUCAUUUGAAAUCGUUGAUCCUGGUACAUUGACGACUGUUCAGGAUUAUCCAGGAAGAACAGGGUAUUGGAAUAUCGGCAUUCCCCCAAGCGGUCCCAUGGACAGUUAUUCCUUCCGGUUAGCCAACCGGCUCGUUGGGAACCCCGCGACUGCUGCAGGGCUAGAGUGCACUCUUCAAGGCCCUACCCUCAAGUUUCACCAGGAGACUAUAGUCGCAGUCACUGGAGGUGUUGUUACAGUGACCCUAGAUGGCAGUAUCGUCGCUCUUUCAAAGGCUAUCAAGAUUCAGCCGGGACAAGUCCUGCGACUUGGGGCCAUUGAGCAUGGUUAUCGUGUGUAUAUUGGAAUCCGCGGUGGCAUCAAUGUGCCUACAAUAAUGGGCAGUAGGAGCACGUUUGAAAUCGGCAAACUUGGCGGGUUCCAAGGACGAAAGCUACGAGCGCAUGAUAUAAUACCUGUAUUUCCCGCCAAUACAUCCGACAUCGACAUCAACAAACAAACAAUCCGCCCUUUUCCAAUCCCACACCAACCGAACGCUGAAUGGUUCGUUCGAGUUAUUCCUGGCCCCCAUGGUGCUCCGGAGUACUUCACAGAAGAUUCCGUCAAAGGUCUUUUCUCAGAGGGCUGGAAGGUUCACCACAAUAGCAACAGACUAGGUGUCCGUCUUAAAGGCCCAUAUCCCGAGUGGGCGCGAUCUUCAGGUGGCGAAGCUGGCUUGCAUCCUUCCAACAUCCACGACAGCCCGUACUCGGUUGGCAGCGUCAGCUUCACAGGCGAUGAAGCAGUGAUCCUGACCUGCGACGGGCCUAGCCUUGGAGGAUUUGUCGUGUUCUGCGUUCUUGCCAGUGCAGAUAUGUGGAAGAUUGGUCAAUCCCGGCCAGGAGACAUCAUCCGGUUCAAACCCAUCACCCCUGAAGAGGCGAUGGACCUUGAUAAGGAACUCGAGAGAGCGAUUGAAGAAUUGCGGGAACCCGAUAGUAUUGACACGAUCCCAGAUAGUGCGGUAUCUCAAUUGCUGCCAGCCGAACCCGUCAUAGUCGUUUCCGACGAGAGCCAGAAGAUACAGGCACGACAGGCGGGAGAUAGGGCAAUUCUUCUAGAAUUCGGGGACGUCACAGGAUUCGAUAUGCGCCAGAGCUUUGAGAUAUUCGCUUUUUGCGACCAGCACAGCAAGACCCCAAUACCGGGAGUUGAGGAGUUGACUCCCGGCAUUUCAUUACACGUCCAGUAUUCACGAGGCAUCUCCCCGAGUACCAUCAUUGAUCGAAUCACCCAGCAUGUGAAAUCUUACAUUGUUCCAACACAAGUCCCUUCACGAAUUUUCCGCAUGCCGCUUGCCUUUGACGACGAGGUAUGUCGUGCCGCCAUUAAGCGCUAUGGAAACACCAUUCGCCAUGAGGCACCUUGGCUUCCGAGCAAUACCAAGUUCUUGGCGGAGCUCAAUGGGCUGGACACCGUCGCCGAUCUGAUGUACGAGGCAAGCUUCCUGGUUCUAGGCCUUGGUGAUGUGUUCAUGGGGUCUCCAUGCACAGUCCCCAUUGAUCCUCGACAUCGACUCUUUUCAUCGAAGUACAAUCCAUCGCGAUCCUUCACUCCUCGCGGAGCCGUGGGAAUCGGGGGCCAAUACAUGUGCAUUUAUGCUACCGACUCUCCUGGUGGAUAUCAACUUGUCGGCAGGACGAAGGAGAUCUGGGACCACGGCUGUGCUUCAACUUGCUCGGGCAGGGACGGGCUGAUCGGUCACGGUGCUGAAUCCCCAUGGCUCUUCCGCUUAUUCGACCGCAUUACCUUCUACAGUGUCACAGAGGAGGAGCUUGAUUCCAAAUCUUUCAGCGAGCUGGUUCAUGUUCAGGAGAGCGUGCUUGACCUGGUUGAGUACGAAUCAUGGCUGGACGAGAAUCAACUAGAUAUUGAGUCCAGGAAGGCACAGCAAGCACGCGCCAUCUCCAGUUCUCCGUUUAUCGAAGACCUUGUACGCCCCUACCUGCAAGCGAAUUCGAACUCGGGGAAAGACAAUCUUGAGAUUGGGGCCCCAGGGGAGUGGAUCAAGGCGAUGAUGCCAGGACGGUGUUAUAAGAUUAACGUCAAGGAAGGCGAUAUCGUUCACAAAGGAGAUAUUCUGGAGUUUCCUCUAGCUCUGCAUUGA